AUCUUAAAAAAAUAACUGAAGAGGACUGGAACAAUUAUAAAGAAAAACUAGAAAAAGAAUUAAAGAAGCUCUUUGAAAAUAAAGAAAAAGGUAGAGAACAACAACAACUACCUAGCAUAACAAAUUUACAAAAAAAUAUAGAUUUCAAUAAUACCUGGGAAAAAAUACAAAAAGUAAUUCAAAAAGUGGCAAAAAGUAAACUAUCUAAAAAAGAAAAAAUGCCUGAACUUCAAGACCACCAAAUGGAAAAUGAGGAGUUGAAGGAUUUGAGGAAAGAUAUAAGUGUAAUGGGAAAAUGGUAUCGUAAGCUCAAAAAACCCUCAUAUUUCGAAAAUACAACAAACUCAUAUGAAAAGCAGGAGAGCAAAGAAGCAAAAGAAUAG